AUGGAAUACUUGAAAAAUCGUGUGUUGAAGCAGCCGAGUGUAAAAGGAGCAGAGGAGGAAGUUGCCAUCCAAACGUUAUCCAAUAGGUUGCAGCAUGCAACUUUGGCAGCAGACCGCCGUUCUGCUGUUUUGGGCCUCAAGAGUUUCAGUCGCCAAUUCCGUGAAUCGGUAGUAGAGUAUGGGCUCAGGCCUCUCUUACUGACGUUAGAUAAGGAUAGAGAUAAUGCCAUAAUGGCGAAGGCUAUCUUAGAAACACUCAUCAUUUUAUUUCUACGAGGCGAUAAGUCUGAAGACGACACUGGAGGCUGGAUCGCUAGCCAGUCUCGGAUCCAGAAUGGAAAGUAUCCGUCACCUUUACUCAUGACAGAUGUAGAAGUGGACCAGUUUUCAAUCUGGAUAGCAGAUGAAGUCACAGCCGGGGAAGACCACCUACUGGUGUUUAUCAAUAUCUUGAAAGAGUCUCAGGACUACCAUAUCAGAUUGUACACGUUACAGCUCUUUGAGUUUCUUGUAACCACGCGACCAACGAGAACAAAGGAAUGUCUUCUCAAUAUUCCUCUUGCGGUGCCAACAAUUGUGUCGUUAUUGAAUGACGUGUACGAUCCAGUGAGAAACGAGGCCAUUUUGGUCCUUAUGGCAUUGGUCAACAAUAACUUCAACAUACAAAAGCUUGUGGCUUUUGAAAAUACUUUUGAUAGAUUAUUUGAAAUUAUUGACGAAGAGGGUGGCAUUCGAGGGUCAAUUGUUGUACAAGACUGCUUGACGUUAUUAACCAACUUAUUGAUGUAUAAUGCCUCCAACCAAAAGUAUUUCUUGGAGACAGAGGGAGUACCCAAAUUGGCAAAGUUGCUUGCUGAACCCAUCGAGGAGACUUUAGAAGAUGGAAUGCAUGAUGAAUAUGGAAAUCCAAUUGUUGCACCACCAAUUAUCUGGACAGAACAGCGCUUGCAGAAUAUGUCAAUAGCCUUGGAGAUAUGCAAAUCUUUCGUUAAUGAGGAUGAUCCAGAUAUCCGCAAUAACCAGGAUAAACUCUUUCAGGCCGGAAUUUUUUUCUGUACCAUGAGACUUGUUUUCUCUCCAUUGACCGAAAAUCCUAUCAGAAAGACCGCCUUGCAAAUAACCGGAGAUCUCAUUGCAGGGAACUCUGAGCUCCAGUUGCAAUUCUCUCAGGUUGAUGUUCCGUACCUUGAUCCAUCACUUCCAACGCAACUCCAGAAGUUUGAGAAACCCAUUCCGGCGCCAGUGGCACUUCUUAAUUGGACAUUAUUAUCCAACUCGGUUCAUAUUUUUGAGAUUAGGCUUGCUGCGGCUUAUUGUUUAAGAUGCUUUUUCAAAGAUAACGCAGAGUCUAAGAUUGCAUUUCUUACUGACCAGGCUAGAGCCAGUCAGAAUCCAAAUUAUUACGACGAGAUGAAUCAGGCUUCACCAGUAGAUGAUGAAAAGUCAACUGAUAGUUCUGAAAAGGUUGAUGAAGUCGAAAGCAUCCCUGCCACAUCCACGGACGAAAAUCUGGUUAAAACUCCAAUAGCCAAUAUUUUUACAACGUUGAUGGAUUUCAGCUUUGAUAACAAGCUUAACCCAUACCGGGUGUGGUUCGCCGCGACAAUACUAAUUUACCUCUUCGAGGACUGUCCAGAGAAUAGACAAUUGGCAAGGGAGUUAAAGGUUGGUGACGCCGAGGAAGGCGAAGAGGUGAUGACUUCGAUUCAAGCCAUUUCGGGAAUUUUGAUCACUACCUUGGAUGAUCAAGAUCCAAGAAUUGCCAUUGGAUUAAUGCUUUUAUUAACAAUUUGGCUUUACGAGGAUUUUGAUGCGGUCAAUGACUUUCUAGGUGAUUCUUCUCUCAUCAAAUCUAUUGUUGCUUUCCUCUCCAAGAACUCUGCAGAAUCGUCAGAUCUCGUUCUUGGAAUGGGUUCAAUUUUAGUUGGUAUAUCUUAUGAAUUUAGCCAGAAGUCGUCGCCGAUUCCAAGAACAGAAAUGCAUUCUCUUGUUACUAAAGGUCUUGGUGCCAAUAAUUAUGCUCUCAAGGUUAAGCAAUUCAAAGAUUGUGAGGAGUUCCGCGACUUUGCUGACCCUUUGUCCGAGGAGGUUGAACGAGAUGCAACAGGUUUACCAAAAGUGUACUUCAUUUCCAUUUACGUUGAUUUGAUCAAGGACAACUAUUACAGAAUCAGGAAGGCUCUUUCGCACAAUCCGCAAGUCGAACCACAUAUAAAAAUCUCCUAUGAAUUACUUGAAGAGUUGGAGAAGAAGAAUGGCGAGCUAGCAAUCACUUUGCAAGAGUGUAAAGAUCGAGCUGCACUGAACGAGGCAAACUUGAAAGAACAAUUAGACAAGGCCAAGGAAGAAUUCGAGGAAACACAGUCUCUUCUCGAAAAAUCUAAUGCCGAAGUUGGCCUGUUGAGGGAGUCAGAAGCUGAGUUAACAGAAAAAAUUGAACUAAUUUCAAAUGAGUUGAAAAGAAUCGAAAACGAAAAGUCCAGGUUUGAAAAAGACUCAGUGCAGUUUUCUGCGGAACUCAAUAAAAUUUCCAAGCAGAAUUACAGCAAUGAAGGCUCCUUAAAUCAUUUGAAGCAGAAGCUCGCAGACAGUGAGGCAGCAAAAACUAAAGCUGAGGAUGGUAUCAAUAAAAUGAGCAGAGAACUUUUUCAGCUUACUAGAGAGAAGAAGGAUUUGGAGGGUAAAAUUUCCAAGCUAGAGAAGGAAGUUAUUCAGUUGAAAACUUACAGUGACAAAACUGUUAAGGAUUAUGAAAGUCAACUUAAUUCUGCCCGAAAAACCAAUGAGGAAUUGCGGUCAAAAAUCAAGAUUCUAGAGCAGCAGUUGAGAGAUCUUUCGUCUGAAAGGGAGAAUACUUCGUUAAGGAUGCGAGAGCUUCAAGCUCGUGCCACUGAUGCGGAAACCGGAAACGAGCACUUGAUGGAAAAGCUCAGAACCGCAGCAUCCGUCGUACAAGAUUUGAGAAGUUCCAAUCAGGAAUAUAGUCAACAAGUUGAACAAUUGAAACUUGCAUUGACCAAUCACUCUCAAUCCACUGAAGAAAUUCAGACUCUCCAUGAUGAAAUGAAUACUCUUAAACACCGCAAUCAGACACUCGAGUCAAUGAUGAACAGCAUGAAAGAGCAUGUGAAUCAGAACAGUGACACUGCUCUGAAAGGUUUACUCACAGCAUUGGAGGAAAAGAGCAAACAUGAAAUCAAUAUAAAGGCAUUAACACUUGAAGUGGAAUCUUUGAAACAAAAUCUUUCAUCGGAGAGUGCUGACUUGCAAAGCUCCAAAUCUUCUUAUCAGUCUGUGUUGCAACAACUCGAGCUUAAGGACCGUGAAAUAGGUCAAAUCAAUUCUUUUUUACAGGAUCUGGUUUCUAAGGUUGAUUCGCUCAAUGAAUCUUUGCGGACCUCGAAGGAAAAUGAGAGCUUGUUACAAAUUCAACUCCAAGAUAAAGAGCGGGAAAUUUCCUCGGCUCAGAAUGAGCUAGCAGAAACCGUUGAGAGUGCUUCCAAUUUGCAAUCUGCUCUCGAAGAGGAGUUGACAAAUAUCCGAGACCAAUUAGUGAAACAUGAGUCGUCGACUACUCAAUUAAAAGAAGAUUAUAACUGCUUGAAGAAAGAGUACCAUGAAUUGCAGGCUCAGUUUCAAGAAGUUAAAGAUUCUCAGGGUGAUGCUAGAGGGCUUUCUGAUAGUGACCAGGACACCGAGAAAUCUGAGAAUUGUGGUAAAGAAAUUGACGAAUUGAAAGACCGUCUCCUGAAGAAGGAUGAUGCAAUUUCUCUUGCUGAAUCGAAAAUCAAGUUACUUGAGGAUGAAACAAAGACGCUUUCUAAGGAUGCAGCUGAAAGAGGUGUCGAGCUUGAAAGAUUGCAACACAAUUUCGAAGAAAAGCAGGAAAUACUUUCUUCCACUAUCACAGAGUUGGAAAAAGCUAAGGAGCUGUUAACCGAUGAACUCAAAAUGUUGAAAGAAGCUCACUCAGAGCAGUUGCAAAACCUCAGAAGCGAACAUGAUGAACAAAUGCACCAGCAACUUGAUUUGCAUGUGAAGUCUCGAGAAACCGACCAUAAUGAAACCCAGGCGUUACUAGAGAAACAAAACAGCGACCUUGCAAGAUUGAAUUCUGAUCAUCAACUCUUGAAGGAAGAAUACGAGAGUACUAAGCUUGUUCUUCAAGAAUUGCAAGCAAAAGCUGCAAACUACGAAGAAGCAAAAUCUCUUGCUGAGCAACGCGCUAGCGAAUUAGAAGAAACAUUGGCGAAUUUGGAGAAAGAGUUAGGCAAGGCUCAAAGCGAAAAGGACGCAUUAAGUGAAAAAUUGAGGAAGAUGGAAGAGGAGCUUGAGACAGAAGCACUUGACAAGGAUUCUACACAACAUUACAUUCAGCAAAAUGGUACUGGUGAUAUUGGCGUUAAAGACGUUUUGACAAGGGAAAUCUCAAACAAGAUAUCUGAACUUAUGGCAAAGGAUCAGUUAAUUUCUGAUAUCAAGCGGAAGUUAGAAAAUUCAACGAUUGCUUUAGAAGAAUUGACUGAAAGAAACGAAGAGUUGGAAAAUUCGGAGAAACUUAGAUUGCAACUUGAAAAGAGGAUACAGGUUUUGGAAAGGGAUAUGGAAAAUGCUGUCAAUUUGAAUGACAAUCUCAAUCAAGAGCUCGAUGACAAGACCGAAGAGUUGAAGCAAAAGGUUCUUGAAAUUGAAGCAGAUAUCAAUAGUCACAAUGAGGAAAUUUCAAACCAUUUGGGAAUUGAAAAGGAACUUACCAAGCAAAUUCAGUCUUUGGAGAAAGAAUUGAAGAAGCGAGUUGCUGACCACGAAAAGGACAGAAAACUUUUCUCAGGAGGUACCGAGCCUAUCCUCAAGCAAUACGAAGAAGAGGUUGCGGAAUUGAAUAGGCUGAUCGAAUCAUUGAAGGUUGAACUAGACACGCAGCUUAAAGAAAAACAAGUCUCGUUCGAAGAUAAGAUAUCUUCAAUAGAAAACGAGAAACAAACUUUAUUUUCUCGUUGUCAAGAGCUUUCCACUCAAAUAGCUGCUCUUGAGUCCUCCACGAACGAAUGGAACUGCAAAGAGAAUGAACACCAGGCAACCAUCAAAGAACUCAAGGAUAGCUUAGAAGAACAGAAAGAAACGUUACGUCUUAAAGAGGACCGAGUCAAAGAAUUGGAAUCAGAACUUACAGAAAAAGCCAACCAACUUGAAGUGUCGCUCCUGUCUUUAUCAGAGAAGGAAAACGAGCUUUCUUUGAAGAAGGGAACAGAUUCCACCAUGUUGAAACAGGUUCAAGAAGACCUUGAUGCUGCCAAGAAGGAUGCUGAAUCGAAGGAGGUUGAGAUUAAUCAUUUGAGGUCACAAAUCGAGCUCUCAGCUUCAGAGUCAAUUCAACAAGAGCAAAAUGUGAGAGAAUUGGAGAUAAAACUCACCGAAAAGUCAAAAGUAAACAUGGAACUUGAACAUUCUAUAUCUGAAUUGAGAUAUGAGAUUGUCAAACUACAAGACGAACUCGACAAAUCCACUUCAGUUAUUGAGGAAAAGACCAGGGAGAUUACUGAACUCCAAGACAACAUUGAAGCAGCCGCUGUGUCUACUAAAACUUCUGAGGAGCAUCAAAUGUCCAUUGAUAAGUUGAAAUCAGAAAUUCAGGAGGUAAGGCAGAAAUUAAGAGAAGUCGAGAAUGAGCGAGAAGAACUUGUCAAAAAAUCCACCGAUGCUGAAAUUGAACUCGAGAGGUCUAUGCAAAAAUCGCAGUUAACAGAGAAGGCUUUCGAGCAGGAAGUAUUCCUGAAAGCUACUGAAGUUGAGAGACUUGCACGCGAAGUAUCUUCACUCCGUGGAUCUCAGUCCACGUUGGAGAAAGAGAACAAUCUGUUGAAGACUCGCCUAGAGAAUAAUGCGUUGUCAAAAGCUCAACUUGAGUCUGAGAUCAAAUCAGUUGCCGAUGAGUUGGAGCUCAGAUCUCUGGCGGAUUCUAAACAUACCAAAAAGAUCUUAUUAUUGGAAUCCAAGGCCAAAGAGUCAGACGAACUUGUGUUUGAAUUGAAAACAAAGCUUGGCGAUUAUGUGGAAGAGAAGAUGAACUUGGAGAGUGAAUUGGAGAAGUCAAAGAGUGAUUACGAGCAAUUGAAGUCAGAUUUGAAAGAUAAGGAAGCAGUUAUUGAGGAUUUGCAGAAGUCAGAACAACAGAUGAACGGUCAUUUGGCACAGGUUGAGCGUUUGGAGAAUGAGCUCAAGUUGGAAACAGAAACUUUGACAGAAACUUCCAUGAGUUUGGCUCAAACGGCCACACUACUUGAUGCUGAGAGGAAUUUGAGCAAAAUCGCCAGAGAGGAAAAUGAUAACCUUUCCAAAGAGAUAUCGAAGUUGAGACUGGAGAGCGAAACUGCUCAACAACAUUGGAAGAGGACUUCUGCAGAGGUCAAGACGGUGAAAGAGCGAUUAGAAGAGGAGUUGGACGAAUACAAAUCCAAAUUACAGAAAGCAGAGAGCGAGUUGAGGGAUGCUAGGAAAGAAAUUAUGGAAUUGACAAUGGAAGUGACAAAAGUCAAACAUGACUUGGAGUCACCACUGAGCUCCACAGGCCACUCUCAAGAGAACGACAACAAUACCCUCAAUACCGAGAUUGCAUCGUUAAAGGAGCAAUUGGCAGCUAAGCAGAAUGUGGAGGCUGAUUUCGAAGACUUGGUGUUACUAUGGGAGGAGCAGGAAAAGAAGAUGAUGCGGUAUAAGAGUCAGUUGGUCGCACUUGGCCAAUAUGAAUCAAGUGAGGAGGAGGAUGAUAGCGAUGACAACGAAGAAGAGGGUUAA